GAUGCAAAAUUUCCAUCUAGAACAUAUCAAAGUUAUGUACAGAGGUCCAUAUGCGGGAUCGCCGUCCUCCUCGUCGUUUGUUCUCUCAGCAACUCCAACAGCGUUCUUCAGGUGCGGCUGAGCCAAAUGAUUUCUUAGCAGAACUUUGUAAGCAGAGGCAAUGGAGUUCCCAGUAUGGAGAAACCUCCUGACACCAAUGCUCAGGAGCAAGAGGGUUAUAGAUUUGCCUCUCCCAAAUGCUUACCUCUCUAUCUUCAUCACGAGGACUGUCUCGACAUUGUCUCACACGCUGCAUGAUGAAAGAGAAGAGCAGGAUAACAAUAAAUUCAUAUCUACAAUCUGUGACAUUGUAAGACAAGGCAGCGAUUGGGACACUUUGAGCCAUCGAGUGGAUUCAACCAGAUUGACCCACCAACAUGUUGAUAAGGUUUUGCUCUGUUUGCAGUUGGAUUCGCCGAAAUCCUUCAAGGAUGCCAAAUUGGCCCUCAAGUUUUUCCACUGGGCAGCCCACCGUCAACAAAUUCAACACACACUUCAGUCCUACUCCAUCACCAUUCAACUCCUCAUUGCAGCAAAUAUGUUCUUUCACGCCAGGCCUCUGCUCGAUGCCCUCAUACUCGAGCAUCCCCAAGCGAGGAUGUUUGAGGAUGCUAUGUCUACAUGUCGUCUCAUGAAAAAUCAUGGAUUUGUUCCAACUCUCCGGGCCUGGAACACUCUUCUCCAUGUAGUGGAAAAAUCUGAUCAGACUGCGAUGGUUUGGGAAAUAUAUGAAGAAAUGCUGGGGGUCAGAAUAUACCCAAAUAAAAUAACUGUCAAAAUCUUGAUUGAUGCCCUCUGCAAGCAGGGCACCCUGGAGGAAACAAUUGAUUUGAUAGAUAAAAUUCAAAGGAAAAGAAGUCCAAGCACUGCUGUUGUUAAUACGGCCCUUGUCAGACGUGUGAUGGAACGAGGGAGGGUGGAGGAAGGAACCAUGCUUCUGAAAAGAAUGGCGAAGAAAAGCCUGAUUCCAACAAUCAUUGCUUAUGGUUUGAUCAUUUAUGGUCACUGUAAAGUUGGCAACUUACAGCAGGCCUUGGAUAUUCACCAACAGAUGGUUAUGAAAGGGCUUAAUGCUAGUGAUUUUACUUAUACUGCAUUAAUCAGUGGAUUUUGCAGCAAGGGAAGGAUUGAAGAAGCAAGAGACCUUAUGCUUCAUAUGAAAGAACAAGGCCUGAAGCCUUAUGACCUAACAUACAAUUCCCUUAUUCAAGGCUGUUGUAAAGUAGGAGGCCGAGAGGAGGAGGCCAUGAAAUUAGAACAGGAAAUGCUGGAAAAGGGCUUUUUGCCUAGUGUUUCUGUCUGUAAUGCCCUCAUUUGUAAUCUCUGCAAAGCGGGUCAUGCUGGUACAGCCAAUCGCAUGUUGACAAUAUUGCUGGACAAAGACUUCACUCCAAAUGAAGUUACUUAUAGCAAUUUAAUUGAUGGGUAUUGCAAGGAAGGGAAAGUGGAAGAGGUUUUGAAAUUGUAUUAUGAGAUGGAGUACAGAAACCUUAUACCUAGUCCUCUGACCUUCGGUCUCAUUUUCAGAUGCCUCUGUACGAACCAAAAGUUUAAGGAAAUGGAAAUGCUUCUGAAAGUAAUGUCACUGAGAGGUCUUAUGGCCAAUGGUUUUGUUUGCAGAACAGUGAUUGAGGGAUUGUAUGAGACAGAUAAGAACAAUAAAGCUCUCCAGCAAUAUGAUGAAUUUAAAAAUAAGGGAUAUGUUCCCGAUUCUCAUAGUUUUGCCCUUCUCAUCAAGGGGCUUUCUAGCCAUAGCAAAUUGGAGAAUGUAAAUGAGCUUUUGAAUGGAAUGGAAGAAUUUGUUUUGAAAUCCAGUGUAUGAUGACAUUCAAAAUGCAUGUACUCUAUUUUAACAAUCUUUUUGCUGAUUAUAAAGCUAUGUUUCACACACCGGCCUGUGGUAAAAAUUUGACACGGUUAAAAAUAUCAAAUGCUCUCAUCAGAGAAUACAAGCUGUUUUUGUCAUACAAGUUAAUUUUCACUCUCAGAUGGACCAUUUUUUGGCCACUGCAUGCCUUGUCUUGUGAAUGCAUUGCGUGGACUGGAAUUUAUGCAGCUUUUAUCUGUCUGUUGGUGAAAGUGCUUAGAUCGACUAGGGUUAAUCAGCCCUCCUUAACAUAUUGGACUUAACUGUGUAAAGAUACUGGUUGAUUGGCUAGGAUCUGGAGGCCCAAUGUAGUAUUUGGGGCUGAUUAUGUCUCUGUGUACUUAAUGGACCUUGGAUUGACAUGUA